AUGGAGAUAGUGCUUGUGCCAACGUACCCAGCGGAGGGAGACAACUUUAGCCAAGUGGAGAGCAGCGAGGCCGCAUACAACGCCAGCCCGGGUUCCAGGCCCGGUAACGGGACGGACAUUAACCCCCCGCCCUACAUUUACGUGUAUGUCGCCUUCUUUAGCGCCCUCAUUCUGACUGUCGGGGUUUUGGGCAAUUUGCUGGUGAUCCAGGUUGUCAUCAGGAUACGGUCGAUGAGAAAACGAAUGAACUACUUCCUGGUGUGUCUGAGUACAGCCGACCUUCUCGUCCUGCUGAUUGCCGUACCCUCGGGCCUGCAGGAGCUGUUUGGGAAGGGAACCUGGUACUUCGGGGACCCCAUGUGUAAGGGCGUGAUGUUUCUAGAAAACGCCGCCCACGACAGUUCCAUCCUGACGCUGCUGGCCAUCGGGUUCGAGCGCUACUACGCCAUCUGUCACCCCCUGAAGGAGACGGUGGGGUCAAGGCUGACCUCGGCCACCAUUGUGAUACCCGCCGUGUGGAUUGUGUCGGGUCUGAUCGCUCUGCCGUAUGCUUUCAUCAGUCACACAAAGGAAAUCUCAUACUAUGACGGGAGUGUGGUCGAGAUCUGCGAGAUAGACUGGGCCGCCAAUUCCCAGCUCAUCUACGUCAUCUUCCUUUUCGUCGUCUGCUUCGUCCUGCCCUUGGCCCUGCUCACCGGCAUGUACAUCGCCAUCAUCAUCACCAUCCACGCCAGCACGGCCACGGCAUCGCACCUGGGGGGCGGCGGAACCGGAUCCGGGACUCAACUUUGUUCCCAGCGGGAUAAUGAACGGAACGCCCGGACGCUGAAGGGACGACGUCAAGUCAUCAAGAUGAUGAUCGCGGUGAUGCUGAUGUACUUCUUCUGCCUCCUCCCCUUCCGCUGUUUCCAAUUCUGGACUUUAUUCGCGUCAGAAGAAGAGUUAGUAAGUUUAGGUUUCCAUUCGUAUUUAAACAUCGUCAACAUCUGCCGGUUGUUGAUUUUCAUCAACAGCGCGUGCAAUCCUGUGAUAUACGGCCUCGUGAGCUCGACUUUCCGUUCAGCGUUUAGACACUCGCUGUGUAGUUUUAGAUCCAGUCGUCGCGACGUGUACAAGUACAGCACCAAGUACAACGGCAACCUCAGCAGCCGGCACGCGGGCCAGCAGACGCAGUACAGCACCUGCACCGAUAACAACUACACGUCAUCGGUUUCCAAGUCCAACAGCGACUCGACAGAACGCGAUAAACUCCGCGUGAGUAAAAAGUUUGGUAAAGAUUUGAACCACAGUCCUGUGAUGUUUCUGGACAGCGCGAAAUCCUCGCCGGGCAGCCAACACAAGCUGAAGUUGCGAGACAAGGAAGGGGAGAUAAACAAUGUUGAAUACAUCGCGAUGGAGUGCAGAAAAAAUGGCAGCGCUCAUUCGUAUCUGUAG